AUGCAGAAGUUUGGGCUUAAUGGCAGGUUACCAGGAAACACUUGUGUCACUAUGGCAUCGAGGAUUGCUGCUAGAUAUAUCUCACGGAGGUUCUCAAGCGGUGGAAAAGUCCUCAGUGAGGAGGAGAAGGCUGCAGAAAAUAUAUAUAUUAAGAAAAUGGAAAAAGAUAAGUUGGAGAAGCUCCGUAAGGGUCCCAAAGCAGAUGAAUCUCCCGCAACUCGCACUGGAGGCUCGGGAUCUGUAGCUGAUGCUAAGCCGAAUGUCGGGCAGUCGUCCUCAGCUUCUCAAGAAUCGCUUGACAGAGAUAAAGUUGCUUGUCUUGUCGGUAUUGUUGGCUUUCCUGCUGUCUAUGUGUGGUAUCGGCUUAAAAAUAAGAAACAACCUGAGAAGGUCCAGGAUUGAGAGAUCUAACAUCAAACUGACUGCCUUGUUAACCGAAAUAUAAAUAUAUAUAUAAGAAAAAAAAAAAAAACUUGAACAAGAAACUUUAUGUAGAGCUCAGUAUUCUGGCUGCAUUCCUCUUAUUUUGUCUUAAUGGGAUGGCCCCUUUAUAUCAAGCUCAGCUUGUUUCCCUGUGGAUGUUGGAAAGUGCUUGAUAAUUGUUGUUGGUGCACUUUCUAGAGAAAAUGAGUUCACUUUGGUUUUGCUCGUUUUAUUCGGGAAAAGUCCGUCCUUGUCGGGUUUUUUUACUAUCGUAUCACACUCACACACCAACAUGCAUUGAUUCAAAUGAAAAGGCCGAUGAAGCUACUGUGUGGUUUUUUCGUGUAACUUGUUCCGAACCUGAUGCUUGUUUUGAUGACAAAUGUGUUGCUUGUUCAGAAUUCAGAACC